UCACAUCCAAGUCAACUUGCAUCAGCUAGGGUUAAAAUGCAGCCUAUAUAAUUUUGAUAUGAUUCAUCAAAUUAUCAGCAACCCAAGUUCCAGUUCUCAUCCAUGAACUUGCCAAUGAUUUACAUCAGUACCCUCUUGUUUAUCUUCAUGAUAUUGAGGAUAAUUUGGAAGAAAUCCAAAACCAGGAACUCAACUACCCUAAAUCUGCCACCAGGACCAUUUCAGCUGCCUAUAAUAGGGAACAUUCAUCAGUUAGUUGGAUAUGUGCCCCAUCUCCGCGUGACAGACUUGGCCAAGAAAUAUGGACCUGUUAUGCGUCUUCAACUUGGUGAGUUUACAAUCACUGUCCUUUCUUCUGCUGAAACUGCUAGAGAAGUAUUAAAAACCCAUGAUCUCAACUUUUCUCAGAGACCUAACCUCAUUGGAACGGAUCUGAUAAGUUACAACAACAAAGAUAUUGGAUAUUCUCCUGAAGGUCCAUACUGGAGACAGUUAAGGAAGCUCUGCAUGCUGCAACUGCUGAGUGCAAAACGCGUACAAUCAUUUAGAUCAAUCCGAGAAGAAGAAGUAUCUAAACUCAUUUCUUCCAUUUCAUCCAACGCAGGAUCACCAAUCCAUUUAAGAAAGUUAAUCAAUGCUUUAACUUUCCGUAUCAUUUCCAGAGCAGCUAUUGGCAAGAUUUGGAAAACAGAAGAAGAAUAUGUAACAUCAAUGGAGAAAUUACUGAUAGAACUGGCAAAAGGUCCUAGUCUUGCUGAUGUGUUUCCUUCCAUCAAAUUCUUUAAGGUGAUCAGUCGUGUUAUGAUGAAGGUUAAACUAGAGAAGCAUUUUAAACAAGUAGAUAAGAUAUUUCAAGACAUCCUGGAAGAACAUAGAGCUACAAGGGGAUUGGGUAGUGUAGAGAGUGAAAAAGAAGAUGAUCUUAUACAUGUUCUUCUGGAUCUCCAGAACAAAGGGGAACUUGAAUUCCCUUUAAUGGACGAAAACAUCAAAGCAGUCAUCAUGGACAUGUUUAUUGGUGGUACUUCGACCUCUGUUGAAGUUAUAGAAUGGACAAUGUCAGAAUUGAUAAAAAAUCCAAGAGUGAUGGAAAAGGCACAAGCAGAGGUGAGGGAAAUGUUUGGUGCAAAAGGAAAUGUUGAUGAAGAAGGAGUUCAUAACCUAAACUACCUCAAGUUAGUAAUUUAUGAAACUAUGAGAUUACACCCUCCCGCUCCAUUGGUACCUCCAAGAGAAUGUAAAGAGAAUUGUGUGAUCAACGGUUACGAUAUUCCUGCCAAGUCCAACGUUAUAUUGAAUUUAUGGGCACUUGGAAGGGACCCUAGGUAUUGGAAUGAAGCUGAUAAAUUUAAUCCAGAGAGGUUUCUUGAUGAUUCAGUUGAUAAUAAGAAAAAUAAUUUUGAGUAUCUUCCGUUUGGAGGUGGAAGGAGGAUCUGUCCUGGAAAUUUGUUUGCUAUGGCUAUCGUUGAACUUCCACUUGCCCAACUGUUAUACCAUUUUAAUUGGAGACUUCCUGCCGGACAGUCGCCUGAAAAUCUUGACAUGACUGAUCAACAAAGUCUUGCAGGGUGUAGGAAAAACCGUCUUUGCUUAGUUCCCAAUCCAUAUUUUCCGUAGCGGUUUAGAGGUGUUGGAAUUUGCGUAUCUUUUACUGAUUUUGCUUGUUGGAAUUGUUGAUAGUUUCUUUAUCCAUGUUUUUUUUAAUGUUUCAGAUUUGAUUCAGAUUUUCUGGAAUAAAUCUGAUUAUAAUUUGUUGCUGAAGGUAUCAAUAGUUUCAUAAAUAAGAAAUUAUGUUAAGGUAUUGUAUUACGAUAGGCUUGAUUUUCUAUGAGUUGGCAAAGC